AUGUCAUACCCGACUCAACAGCGCCAGCGUGUCACUCUCCAAGCGGGAGAUGCACUGGUGGUCAUUCAUGAUUUUGAUGCUCGGAGUCCGGAUGAGUUGACCCUGCGAAAAGGCGAUCAAAUUGAGUUGGUUGAAUUAGACGAGGGCUUCGGCGAUGGAUGGUACUUGGGACGGCACUUGGGACAGGGAACGACAGGCCUGUUUCCGGGGGUCUACACCGCAAAGCUUCCCCCCAACUUCACUCCUGUCGGCGCCCCUGCCCCGAGGAGCCCUCGAUUUCCUGAACAGUCCCGCACCGAUGCAAAGAUCGACCCGCCUGCUUCUCCCACGUCUGCCAACGAAUCGACCGCGCCGCAUUCCACCUCCUCGCAUCAACACUCCAAUUCGCUUUCCAGAAGCUCGGUUUCCCCUUCUUCGACAUCCAAUAUUCCGCCUGUGCAGCGUAGCAUUGGUCAGGCUCUCUCGGGCGCUACGACUGGAGAGGAGAGUCCGGUAAUGAAUGAAACAUUGAGUGUGAUCGAUGAGCAUAUCACAAAUCUGAACACCCCGCGUCAAAGUCUGGCUCCGCCCCAGCCGGCGAUGGAAGACUCAGGGAGUGAAUAUAGUAGCCACCUGGAUCGAGCAUCCUACAUCGCUGGACCGGAAACCGAUAGUGAAGAAAGCUCCCAAUUAACGGAGGCCGAGGUAAAGCAAUGGGAUGCUAAAGAAACUGCCGAUUACCUGAGAAGUGUCGGGGCUGAUCCCCGACAUUGCGAUAUAUUUGAAGAGCAAGAGAUAACGGGCGACGUUCUAUUGGAGAUGGAUCAGUCUUUCAUCCAUAUGAAAGAAUUUGAUUUCGGUCUGAUGGGCCGCCGACUCAAGACAUGGCACAAGAUUCGGGAUUUUCAGAACCAGAUCCGAAACGCCAAAGAUUCUCGACAGAGGAGCUUGAGGCAAACCGGCUCGCGUGAAGAUGUGGCACGCCAACAUUCCCGAGGCUUGUCCGGUACCACCAUCCUGCCCAGGAUACCUAGUUUGAGGGAGGAACCAGGACUCUCCAUUCGCCCACCGCAGCACAGUCAUCCAUAUAUCCUGGUUGCGGCUGCCUCACCUCCUCUGGAGCCACAACUGUCUCCGACAUCUCACAGUCGGCCACAGUUAGGAGGAAGCACUCCUCCAUCACCCUGGAGAGCAUCCAUGGCCGCCGAGAGCCCGAGUCGGCCUUCAGCUGCGUCAAUCCGAGAAAUGAACCAUUCACGUCGGCAUUCGUCGAUCGACUUUGCAAAACACGGCCCUCAGGAGAUGCCUUCGAUGGCGGUGACAAAUACUUCGACUCAGCACAAGAAAAACGCGUCCUUGGACCGAGACUGGUCGAUGAGUAACGCAACCACGGCAGCCGCUGGCGCGAGUACGCCAUCUCUGAAAUUACACAUGGACACAAAACUGGACAGCGUGGGUAAGGUUGCCGAAUCUCCCUUCGACGGCAAUAAUUCCACUGUUGAUCUUGACCGUGGUUAUUUCAGUGGAAACGAGGUCGAUAAUCGCAAGGCCCGGAAUCUGUUGAGAAAGAGAGAUGGAUCCGAGAGUGCAGGACAUUCUCGUCAGUCGAGCAUGCUUGAUGAGCAACGCAAGACCGUCGCCGGUGCGAAACGACGCUCGCGUCUCAGCAGCGUUGAUUCAUUCAGAGAUCGCGGAAUCGCAGCGAUGUCGCCAGCGGCAAAAGCGUACCACAGCCGGUCAUACAAAGGACGAUUCCGCUCGGCGAGUGCGCGAAAUUUGACGACACAACGAUCGCCCACUGCGCAAUCUCCCACCGUCACGAAUUUAGAGGAUGAAAACAUGUCGACGCUGUCAUCGCCAAGGGCCAUAAGCGGCCCCACGUCACCAGCUGUCGCUGCUCUUGUGCCUUGGGCUGCCUCGCCGAAGGCUAGAAAGUUGUUGGGCCUGAGAGCAGCUCCCGAUACCGUCACAGGAAACGAGAAGGAAUCUGCGAAUUCCUCCACCGUCACGACAGAACCGCUGAAAGAGAGCCCCGUAGCGUCCCUGUCAGGCUCUCAAACUCCUUCGGCGACGUCGCGAAGCUUCGAGAUCGAUAAUACCGACACCUCUUCCAAAGGCACCACCGAACAGCUUGGACCGCUCCUGCAUACCAAAAUCACUACGCGCACACAUCCCAAGACCAAAAGACAAACAAGUGCGUACACGAGAGGCUUACUCCAGAUUUCCCCUGCCGAAGCGCGCCAACAUUGUGACUACCAUGGUUGGAUGAAGAAAAGAUCUACCGGCCUGAUUGCGCAAUAUAAACCGCGGCUUUUCAUUCUUCGAGGGCGACGACUGUCGUACUAUUAUUCAGAAAACGACACGGAAGAAAAGGGCGUCAUUGACAUUUCCGGCCAUAAGGUGCUCCGUGCCUCCUCCGACCCGAUAUCGACACUUCAAGCAACCAUAGCGGGAAAUUCUUCGACACCGUCAAUCGGAUCCGGUGGAUCUUCGGUUGAAAACUCACCGGAGACAUCUCGGAAUUCAAGCCCAGCCACGCCCUUCUUCUUCAAGCUCGUUCCUCCCAGAGCAGGAAUGUCCAGGGCGGUUCAGUUUACAAAACCAACCACUCACGUUUUCCAAGUUGACAACAUCGUCGAAGGGAGAAAGUGGAUGGGCGAGAUUCUCAAAGCAACCAUUGAACAUGACCUGUCUAGCUUUGAAACGACGAAUCGUCAAAAGACAGUUAGCUUGGCUAAAGCAAGAGCAAGAAAGGAGAGACCUCCUGCGCUGAAAGGAACUGAGGAUAUGGCCGAGCCGGCCGAGUCGGCCGAGAGUCAGAACUCUCAGGAAGAGAAGGAUCCGCGAGAGAGCGGAUUGAACAUACAAGGGCUUGAUUUCGAUGAGUCGGACCUUAAUCUGCAGUUGGAAACUGACAAACAAGGUGCAACUGAGAAAGGCCCAGAGGAUAAUGCAGUACAGGAUACCCAGACUAUCAAGACGUGA